AUGGAUGAGAGCGCCGAGAAGUGGGUCAGUAGCGAAGAGUCGAAGCUUAACUGUGCCCUUGGUAGAUGUGGUGAUUGGGGUUGUAGUCUGAAAUUAUUCAUUAAAGAAGUGGUAACAUUAAAUGCUUCCUCCAUUGCAGAUUCAUUUAAUUUAGAAGAGUUGGAUACAAGCGUGGAAGUGAAAAAGUUAGGAAUAUGCAAAGAUAUGGGGGAAACGUCAAAUGGCUUUUAAUCACUGGAACAAUACUUGUGACUAAAUAAAGAAACUUCCUUCAUUUUCUUUCUUUUCGAU